CUUCCGCUUAGUUUUCAAGAUGGCUGCCCUCGUAUGUAAACAUGCGACUUAAUUCACAGUUAGUGGCCUUCAACUGAAAAAUGUCCAUAGUGAUUAUAUUUGUCGCUAAAUGGUGUGCUAUCUAACAGUUUGACAGAAACGUUCCGUGCUGACUUGUUAACAAACUAGACUUUAGUUUGUGAGUUUUUACCGAGCCACACGUUAGCGGUUAGCUAUCGGUAGAGCCAUGCCUGCACAGACCAUAUUCGUUGGUUCGUUACCAGACUCCGCUACAAACCAGCGCCUUGAGGAAAUAUUCUCAGAAAUUGGUCCGGUUAAACAGUGUUUCGUGGUCAGAGAAAAAGGGGCAGAGAAAUGCCGGGGUUUUGGAUUUGUCACAUAUUCAAUGGAAGAAGAUGCGGAGCGAGCCUUGAAAGAAAUCAAAGAAUACGACGGAAAGAAGUUGUCUCUGACUUUGGCGAAGAAGAAACGUAAAGAUAAACACAGAGCAGACAAAGAAGCAAUAGCAGUCCCACAUAAAAAUGAGCAGGAAAGUAAAGGCAUGAAGAAAAACCUUCUGAAAUCCAGACUUAUUAUAAGAAAUCUCAGUUUUAAGUGCACAGAGGAUGAUCUAAAAGAAGUAUUUGGAAAAUUUGGAACAGUUGUUGAGGCCAAAAUUCCUCUCAAACCUGAUGGGAAGAUGCGUGGAUUUGCAUUUGUCCUGUUUAAAACAGUGUCUGGGGCUGGAAAGGCGCUUAAAGCCAUGAAUCUGAAGGAGAUAAAAGGUCGACAGGUAGCAGUUGACUGGGCUGUACCGAAAGACAAGUAUAUUGCUUCACAGCACCCUUCAGGUUCAGGAAAUAAAAGUACAAAAGACGCAAGCACCGACACAGAAAGCGAGACUGAAGACGAGGAUGAAGAAAAGAAAGAAGCUGCACCUGAGAAGAAAAAAAUUGUUUCAAAAGCAGCUGCGCAGCAGAUGGAGGAAUCUCAGUCAAGUGAUGAUAACAGUGAGGAGGGUGAAGAAGAUGAUGAGGAGGAGGAGGAUGAAGAUGAUGAUGAUGAGAAGGAGGAGGAUGAGGAGGAGGAGGAGGAGGAUGAAGGGAGUACUUUUGAUUCAAACGAUGAUCAAGAUGACAGUGAGGAUGAGGAGGAUGAAGAAGAUCAGUCUGUGCAAAAGAAACCCUCAAAGAAUCUUCUGCCUUCAGAUGUAAAAGAAGGUCGAACUGUUUUCAUCAGGAACUUGUCGUUUGACACAGACGAGGAGGGUCUCGAGGAAGUUCUCCUUCAAUACGGAGAGCUUAACUAUAUAAAGAUUGUUCUCCACCCAGACACAGAACAUUCAAAAGGCUGUGCAUUUGCUCAGUUUAAGACAAAAGAGGCAGCAGACAAAUGCAUGGCUGCAGCGCAAAAUGAGGCAGAGAAUGGUGGCAUCCGUGUGGAUGGCAGGAAGCUGUUUAUUGUUGCAGCAGUGAGCAGAGAAGAUGCUGUGAAGAUGAAGGACAAUAAGACAAAAGUAGAGACGGGCAUCAGAAAUCUUUACCUGGCCAGAGAGGGAUUGAUCCGUCCUGGAAGCCAGGCUGCAGAGGGUGUAUCUGAGGCAGACAUGACCAAAAGAGCUCGAUUUGAAGACAUAAAGAGAGCCAAGCUUCGGGACAUUAAUGUGUUUGUGUCAAAGACUCGCCUGUGUAUCCAUAACCUGCCAAAGUCAGUGGACAACAAAAAACUCAAAGCACUUUGCUUUCGAGCUGUAAAAGGAGUCAAAGGAGCUCGGAUAACAGAGUGCCGAGUCAUGUAUGACAAGAAGCCAGUCAAGGGUCAGGUAAUGGGACAGUCGCUAGGUUUUGGCUUUGUUCAGUUUCAGGACCACGAGCAUGCUCUCAGCACUCUCCGUUACCUUAACAACAACCCUGACAUCUUUAGCUCGCACAAGAGACCCAUUGUUGAGUUUUCCCUGGAGGAUUCAAGAAAACUCAAAAUAAAAGAAAAGCGACAACAAAAAAACAAGGAUUUCUUGCAAAAUCAGUCUGCAAGAGGAGGAGAAAAACCUCAGUCCCAAAUAUCUGGAGAUGGCAAAGGAGCGAGGAAGGGAGGGAACAGAGCACCAACACAGAGAGAGCAAGGUAUCCCUGAAAGGCAGAAACAAGACGGACGCUUUUCAGGUUUCCGGACCAACUCUGAAAUUGAGUAUGUAGAUUUGCAGAAUGGAAAAAAACGGAAAAAGGUUCUACCUAUGCCGUCGCGUCGGGGACCGAAGAUCAGAAUGCGUGACAAGGGGAAGCAACAGGCCCCACCUCCCAAGAAAGCAAAACCAGGAACCAAAUGGAACGAGCAUCAGAGGCGGAAGAUCGAAAAGCCUGUGCAACCCAGAAAACAGGUGAAAACUGCUAAGAGGCAGUUCAAGAGCAGGGAUGGGGACCGUUUUGACAGCCUGGUGGAACAGUAUAAGAAGAAACUGAUCGACACCAGUAACAAGAAUCCAACAAUCAAAAGAAGCAAGUGGUUUGAAAGUUAAUCGUGUGUGUGUGGGGGUGUGUUCGUGGGUGGGUGAGUGAGUGUGUUUGAGAGACAAAAAAUGUACUGAAUGAAGUGUCCCUCUUUAUUUGACAUCCCAAGUUUUAGUAAUAAAUAUUUUUCAUUCAUUCCUUCUCUUUACCUCUUGGUCCGUUAUGGGUUGCGGGUAAGCUGGAGCCUAUCCCAGCAUUAACAGGUGAGAGGCAGGGUACACCCCGGACAGGUCACCAGUCCAUCGCAGGGCAACCACUCACACUCGCACACACUCCUAUGGAGAAUUUAGAGUAAUCAAUUAACCUAACAUGCAUGUCUUUGGACGGUGGGAGGAAUAAAUAUUUUUUCUUUCUAUCUUCAAAGCUGUGUUAAAUUGUACAGAAGAAAUUUCAGACAUCUGAAAAUUCACCCAUUAUUUCUGUUUUACGAAGCCAUGCUCACAUUUUUUUAAACCACUGUGAGGAUAUGUACGAAAGUAGUUGUGUGUGCAUAACUUUUUCUGAAUAUAUAAAAACAGCUGCGGGCUGUGUUUCGCUGUUGAUCUAUAUAAUGUAUUAAAUCCAUAUUUAUCUGUUUUCUUCAGCCCAUUUUUAAGCUCAACACACACUGUCACAUUAGAAAAUAUCAUUUAAUAUAUAUCAAAUAGUUUAAUACAGGAGUAAAAGAAAUAGUGCCAACAGUACAAAAAUGUUGACAUAGUCAUGUUUGAGUGGUUUGUAUUGCAUAAAAAAUAAAGUUGCCUUUCAACCCUCUUUUAGGUUUUACAAAAUCAUCUGUAGCAGGUUUCAAUUCAGUUUUUGUGAAUUUCCUGGGAUGACAGUCAAGAUUAUGCAGCAUACUAAACUGUCCUUCUGUGCAAAGCAUGCAAAAGGUUUUGAAUAAGCAUCUUUGUAAAA